GGCCUUUUCUUCUUUCUUCCCUCAAACCACACAUCAACAAUAACCACGCUCGUUCAGGUUUUGUUGCAUCGAUCUCGUCUUUCACCCUUCCCCUUCCCCUCCAUCAACACAACAUCUUAAUAUCAUCCCACUUUCGCUAUUGUAAUCGUACAACCACAGUCGUGGAAGAGAAAAUAAGAAGACAUGAAGACAUUCCAAUCGUUCCUCACAGCCUUCGGGCUUCUUGCCGUGGUCAACGGCCAAAAGUACUCCAACGGAACCAACAUUGCGUAUACGACUAUCACUACUGAUAUCUAUACAACUGUCUGCCCACACCCCACCACUUUCUCCAUGGGAACGAAUACUUAUACCGUCACUGCUUCUACUACCUUGACCAUCACUGACUGCCCUUGCACGUACUCUACCACCAUUGACAAGACGGUUCCAACUGUUCCAGCAUCCUCGUCAAUCAAGCCAAGCAACUCUGUUCCAUCUGUCCCAGCUUCAUCGAGUGUUGCCAGCAGCGCUUCCUCGGUCAUCACCAGUCAUCCAACAGUUCCUCUGAGCACUGGACCAACCACAAAGCCUGUCAAGCCAACAGAGACCGAGCACACAACAUGGACCACUUUUACCACCGACAUCCUUACAACCGUUUGCCCUACUCCAACUACAUUGACUUUUGGAACCAAGACAUACACUGUCACUGAGUCAACUACUUUGACCAUUACAGACUGCCCUUGCACCGUUAGCAAGCCUCAUCCAUCAAGCACCUCGGUCCCAACCAGCCCAUCUUCCAGCGAGAGCAGUGUCAAGUCCAGUGCUACACCAAAGACCACCGUCAUUGUUCCUCCUCAUGGAAACUACACAUCUUCUACUUCUUCGGCGCCACCAAAGACUACAGUCGUUGUCCCUCCUCACGGAAACUAUACUUCCUCUACUUCCUCGGCGCCACCAAAGACCACUGUUGUUGUUCCUCCUCACGGAAACUAUACAUCAUCUACUUCUUCGGCGCCACCAAAGACCACUGUCGUUGUUCCUCCUCAUGGAAACUAUACAUUCUCUACUUCUUCAACCCCACCAAAGACUACACCAGUCGUCUGGACCACCACAGUUGUCAGCAGCUACACCACUUACUGUCCAUCUCCCACCACCGUUGCCAUUGGUAACUUCACCUACACCGUCUCAUCAGCCACAACCUUGACUGUUACAAAGUGCCCUUGCACAGUCAGUUACACCUCAACUGUUCCAACUGCCAAGCCAACCACUAGUACCACUGUAUCUUACUUGACUACAUAUGUCCCUAGACCAACCACAAUCACUAUCAGCUCGGUCCCUCACACAAUUACCGCCCCAGGAACCGUCACUGUCCCAGUUGUUUCAAUUCCUUCUGUCAAGCCAACUCCAAGUACUAUUACCGUGUCUUACUUGACUACAUACUGCCCCGAACCAACUACAAUUAUUGUCAGCUCGGUUCCUCACACGAUUACAGCCCCAGGAACUGUGACCAUCCCAGUUGUCACAGUUUCAGUUGGAACUCCAGUGUAUUUUACACCUGUUCCUUCUGUCAAGCCGACUCCAAGUACCAUCACUGUGUCUUACUUGACUACAUACUGCCCCGAACCAACUACAAUUAUCGUCAGCUCAGUUCCUCACACAAUCACCGCUCCGGGAACUGUCACCAUCCCAGUUGUCACAGUUUCCGUUGGUACUCCAGUUCAUGAGACCCCUGUCGCUAGUAUUCCAGUUCACGAGACACCGGUUGCCAGCAUCCCAGCUCAUGAAACUCCUAUUGCCAGCAUCCCAGCCCACGAGACAACCGUUGUCAGCAUCCCAGCUCAUGAAACUCCUAUUGCCAGCAUCCCAGCCCACGAGACACCGGUUGUCAGCAUCCCAGCCCAUGAAACUCCUAUUGCCAGCAUCCCAGCCCACGAGACACCAGUUGCUAGUGUUCCAGUUCAUGAGACUCCAGUUGCCAGUGUCCCAGUUCAACAGACCCCUGUCGCCAGUGUUCCAGUCCAAGAAACACCAGUUGCCAGCGUUCCAGUUGCCACUGUCCCAGCCGCAACUUCCUCUCAAGCUACCACCUUGGCCUCCACACCUGCUGCUGUCGGCACUGCUACCACAACCGGUCCAGCUCAAUUCACUGGUGCUGCCAUGAAGGUUGAUGCUAGUUUCGGUGCUCUCGCCGUUGCCGGUAUUGCAGCCUUCUUGUUGUAGGCUUCAUAAUCAUGACUAUUUCUUAUCUCUCGGAUUACUUUAACGAUAACGAGAUCACUGGUAUCUAGAUAGGGUAUCUAGAAGGGGGGCGGAGGAGUAAAGGACACAAUCAUUUUCACGGGCAUGGCUCUAACACGCUUCCCAUUUCCCUUUUCUUUUCUUUAGCUAUCGGCGGAUCGGAUCUUUUUGGAACUCAAAACAAAGUUGCUCAUAUUGCUCAUGUCACGUCCUCGAUAAUACAAAAUUCAAUUCUCAGGUACAUAUACUACAGUCGUUCGGAUACAAUGGAUCUUUACUUUAUACCAAAAAAUAAUAUAAAUGAAAUUUCGAACUUCA